AUGUCGAGGCCAAGGUUGGAGGGUAAAGUGGCAGUUAUAACUGGCGGUGCCAGCGGCAUUGGUGAAGAGGCAGCCAGAUUAUUUGCCGAGAAUGGAGCUUCAGUCGUGGUGGCCGACGUACAAGACGAAUUGGCCAAUCAACUCAUUGCGUCCAUUGGCUCGAACGAUAGAGUAAGUUAUUAUCACUGCGAUGUAAGAGACGAAAAACAAGUCGAAAACAUGGUUUCCUACACUUUGGAAAAAUAUGCUGGUCUUGAUAUAUUGUUCAGCAAUGCUGGAAUCAUAGGCCCUUUAACCACCAUAUUGGAACUUGAUAUUCAAGGCUUUGACAACACCAUGGCUAUAAAUGUGCGCGGUGUUGCCACAACAAUAAAGCACGCUGCGCGUGCAAUGGUGGCGAGAAAUAUUAAGGGGUCGAUAAUUUGUACUGCGAGUGUGGCAGCGUGCCUAGGCGGAGGCGGCCCUCAUGCUUACACCAUAUCGAAACAUGCUAUAGUGGGCCUGGUUCGUACAGCUUGUAGCGAACUUGGUGCGUACGGAAUUAGAGUUAACUGUAUUUCGCCUUUUGGGGUGGCGACGCCUCUUUCGUGCAAGGCUUAUAAUCUCGAACCGAGUCAAGUUGAAGAAAAUACUUGUGCCGUGGCCAAUUUGAAGGGAAUUGUUUUGAAGGCUAGGCACGUGGCCGAGGCGGCGCUGUUUCUAGCAUCGGACGAAUCGGCCUAUAUCAGUGGCCAGAAUUUGGCGGUUGACGGUGGCUUUACGGUGGUCCGCAAUAGCUUCACCUCCUUGUAA